UUGCCGCAUAUUUUUAGUCUAUUUCUCUUAAAAUAUGUGAUUUUCUGUUUUGUCAGACUUUGUCUAGAUUUCCGGAGAUAUGUUGCAAUGUAUUCUGAAUUUCUGCUUAAUUUUCACAGGGAUCGUUGCAUGCUAUAGCAACAGAAAGCAAACCUCAGUGACAGGAACACAAAUUGAGGGUUUAAUUUUCAUUGGGAACUGAAAAGAAACUGGGGAAGAGGAUCUACAGUAAAACGGCACUCUGGACAGGAGGUGGGCGCGACUUUGGGCGUCCAAAUUUCGUACCCGAAAUGGGUUUGUCAGUGUCACUGUUUACUAAAAUGCAAGAGUGAUUCAGGUUCAUUAACCGCGCCCUCCGAGCACGUUAAGCGUCUGCAGCCUCAUUGGAUGUUCGAAAGUAGGGUCAAGGGUCAGACUGGGAAAAGAGGAAACUUCUACGCUGAAGUUUUUUCUCAGUUAUCAGGACAAUGCCUGUGGAUACGAAACGUGUAAAAGGUCCGGACGAGUCCCAGUGCCCACUAGCUUACGUUGUACAGUCAGUAGAAGACGAAGAAGAGCACCGUACCAAUAGAGAUGAGCGUACCGAUGGCCGGAGAGCAAACCACGUGGAUGUACGGCCCAUUUUUGCCAGAGCCGGUUUGCUGAGUCAAGCUAAGGGGUCUGCGUAUAUCGAGAGCGGAGGCACUAAAGUGUUAUGUGCGGUAUAUGGCCCACGGGACGCAGAGAGACGUGACCGUGAUGCGGAAGGCACUGGUCUUCUGAGUGGACGGUUGGUGUGCGAGGUACGUGUGGCUCCUUUUGCAAGCCGGGUCAGGAAACGCGCAGCGUGGGUCCCGACUGGAGCAGACCGGGAGUUAUCGUUGUUUCUGUGGGAAAGUUUGAGGUCUGCUGUCCGCCUUGAUCGUUAUCCACGCGCACAGAUUGACGUGCAUGUCCUAGUUUUGCAAGAUGAUGGCUCAGCGUUGGCUGUUGCAGUUAGCUGUGCAUCACUUGCUUUGGCUGAUGCGGGCAUCGAACUCUUCGACAUUGUGGUGGGUUGUGCUUUACGUCAAGACGGCGAUCGUUAUUUGUUGGAUCCCACAUAUGAUGAGGAAUAUCGGCUUGGUUUCGCAGUCAGUCAGGGAGAGAGGCAUGGUUGCAUGACUUUAGCAUUGCUUCCCGUUCUCAAUCAGGUCUCUGGGUUGUUGUCUAAUGGUGAAUGGGACCAUGAAGCAUCGGUGCAGGCAGUGAAAGCUUGCAUAGAGGGUUGUCAGCGGUUGUACCCUGUGCUUCGACAAUGUUUAACAAGUGCAGUGAAGAAGAGGAAGCCACCAUCUGUAGGGGGCUGGAGUUAGUACUUUAACAACAAUAAUAAUUCAGUAGUUUAGUUUUAUUUUAGUAAUUAUUGUGCAGAUAACAUUUGAUUUUCACAGUAUAAUGAGAUCGUCGUUAUCUGCGCAGAAGCUGUAGUAUCAGACCAGUAAGCCUCUCAAGAGGGACAAGUGGACUUAACACAAUGUGAUAUUACAUUUAGCCUAUUGGGCAGGUUACAUUUGCCAUGUGGAUUUUAAAGCAAGCAUUGUACCAUACCAUGUUUUGACUAUCUCAAAAGGCAUAUUGUUUAAUUCAUCCUUGUCAUUGUGUGCUCUGGAAACGUUGUCGGGGAUGCUCAUUAUUUAUUUUUUGUAUAAUGUUGGCUUUCAUAAGGUUUUUGACGAUGCCGCCUAGAUGAAGUGUUAACUCAAGCGUACGGCACCACAGGGGAAAGCUAUAACAUUGGAAAACGAAUAAUGGGCAGGCACCAUCUGUGUGCCCCUGACAUUUUUGGCCUCACGUAAAAUAUGUAAUAAAAACGAUCGACCGAUACGUGUCAUAGUAGUAAUACUCCUGAAUUAUGUGUUGUACUUGAAAAUGGUUUCACAGGAACCGACAUAAUUUUCCAAUUAAAACUGGUUAUAUUUUUGCA